AAGUAACAAAACACGAAGACUGGUGGCACGUCGUGUCCAAGCCCCCACCUCUGCGCGUGGGGCAGCAACAGAGUAGUACGCUACUCAAAACCAUUAUAAGAAACGCCCAUCUGGUCCCUCUCAAACUUUGCUCUCAAAAAAUCCAUCGUCUCUACAAAACCCAGGCUGAUAAUGUCGUAGCAUCAACGAUGGGGAGGAGAACAGAGAGAGUCACGAAAUCCCACACUCUCCCACCCUCGCCAUCCCACUCUUUCUCGUCCUCAUCAUCCUCGGACUUCGAGUUCACCAUUUCCGUUUCCCCUCGCAAAUCCUCCACCGCUCUCUGCCCGGCCGACGAGCUCUUCUACAAGGGCCAACUGUUGCCUCUCCACCUCUCCCCACGCCUCUCCAUGGUCCGCACGCUCCUCGCCUCCUCCAGCACGUCCUCCGCCUCCGACACGACGGCCUCGCGCGACUCCACCGGCAGCUCCAACGACUCCCACUCGUCCUUCAACAGCGACCUCGCGUUGCUCGCCGAGUGCGACUCGUCCCGGCCCAGCUCGGCCACCGAGGACGACGAGUUCAAGCGCCUUCACAACAACCACAACACACAGAUCAAGAAGAGCAAGUACUUCUCACUCUCGCGAUUCUCAUCGGUAUUCCGAAAAGAACCCAAGAACCGCGACGCCGACAACGUAUCCGGAUCGUCCGUUAAAAGAGUGAGCUCGACGGCUAAAGAGGUUAUUAGGAAGUACUUGAAGAAAGUCAAGCCGUUAUAUGAAAAGCUGUCGCAAAAGCAGCAGCAGCAGCAAAAACUGGGAGCAGUUACGACGACUACUAUGCCUUUGUCAGUGAAAGCGGAGAGAUCUGCGAAAGACACGGAAAUAUCUGGCAAAAGCGCGAGCAAAGAGAAUGGCGGUGGGUUUUCUCACUCUUUCUCGGGAAAUUUGAGGUACCCACGAAGGAGAAGCUGCGUCUCGAGCUGCCCGUCGUCGAUGCGGUCCUCGCCGAGUCACUCCGGCGUGCUUAGUCGGAAUGGGUUUAUGAGUACGGGUAGGGUCGGAGGGGUGUACCACGCCGACGCGUCGUCGAUGGAGGAGUUGCAGAGCGCGAUUCAAGGCGCCAUUGCUCAUUGCAAGAAUUCAAUGAUCCAGAGCAAGACUAUGGUGGUCAGUAAUGAGAUUUGAAAUUUGAGAAUAAAUAUUAACUGAUAUUUAAUUCAGGUUCCUUCUUGUAUCGGUGUUCAAAAAAAAAAAAAAGAAAAAAAGUAUUUAACCUUUUUUCUUUUUCUUUUUCUCUUUCACGCCUGAGACGUAAAAGAUGCAUGUGAAUGUGAGGGCACUCUCAUUUUGGCAUCAAAAUCCAAGUCUAUGACUCUGACUGACUGUUUGUCAUUGGAACUCGAAACCUUUCUUGGUUUUGAUUCUCUCUUUUCUUUUCUUUUUCUUUCUGAGUUUGAUAACAACUGCUGAACCUUUUUAUU